AUGUCUUUAGAUGACAUAAGAAGCACGUGGAGACAUGUCCCAACACAACAAGCAGAUGCUUUGUACAUAUGCGAAUCUGGUGAAUACAUCUUAAAUGCGUUUCUAUGUGACUCUGUGGAGGACUGUAUAUCUGGUGAUGAUGAGCGGAACUGUUCAUCAAUGGAUAUUGGGGACCAGUUUACCUGUGAUGAUGGCAGCCGUAUAUCAAUAAGUCUUUAUUGUGACUUCAUACAUCAUUGCAAGGACGGGUCAGAUGAAAAUGCUUGUGAGAGACGAGCAUGUUCACCUCGUGAAUGGCAAUGUACCAACAGACAAUGUGUAACCAACCAACAAAGAUGCGACUUUGUGGAAAAUUGUUUUGACAAAACAGAUGAAAUUGAAUGUGAAACCUGUAGAUUGGACAGUUUUCAAUGUUAUGAUCAGCAAUGUAUACCCUCAACAAGAGUUUGUGACGGAAUGGUUGAUUGUAGUGGACUUUUUCACGAAGACGAAUCUGAAGACUGUCUACAAAAAAGACAACAUACUUGCAAAGAUUGGUGGGCCGGCGGGGAAAAAAGGAAUGGAGCAUACCUUAUCGAUUUAUAUCUUAAUGAAAGUGCUUUGGUAGAAUGCAUAUUCCAAGAGUCAAACGAUCAGAUUCAUAUAACAACAGUUGUCCACCAUGAUAAUGAGGAAACGGUUACUUUAAGGAAAGAUUUAAAAAUAACGCCUAAAUAUUUUGCUAGUGAUGCCCAUAUCAUUAAGCUAAAGCAAUUAGAAAAAUGCCAACAGGCCAUUGAAGUCAAAUGUCAUUUCUCACAAAGCAAGAUGUACAGAUCAUCGCUAGAUGGAGUAGAAAUACACAAUAAACAAAAUCAAAGCAACUGUGGAUGUCCGUUUGUCGGAAACUGUAAUUAUCAGACCAACAAGUGCUAUUGUGAUAAUGAACCACAUUCCUGGUACUUAGCUGAUGAUAACGAAAUAAGAUCAGAUAUUGGUGUUCUAAUAAACAAUACUGAUCUACCUGUUAAAACAAUACAGAUACUUGAUGAAUGGAAAUCAAAUGUCGAUUCCUACUCUCAAGUUCAUCUAGGGCCAUUAAAAUGUGAAAAAGAUGUUGCAAUAGUGUCAACUGUUUAUUUAUGCAGUAGAGGUCAGAGUGUACCAUCAAAUGUACUUUGUCUGUUAGAUUAUGACGAAAGAGGAGAAAUUAUUGGCUGUAGAGACCUGUCUCAUCUAUCUAACUGUGAAAAGUUCCUUUGUCCUCCAGGAUACUUUAAGUGUCAAAAUAGUUACUGCAUUCCUCCAAAGCUGUUUUGCAAUGGAAUUCAGGAUUGCCCACGAGGCGAAGAGGAAUAUAAUUGUAGCAAACCAUUGUGUAGUGGUCUUUUUAGAUGUCACAGUAGUAAUUUGUGUUUAAAUCCAGACAAACGUUGUAAUGGAUUUGCUGAUUGCCCACAAUUUGAUGACGAACUACUCUGUCAUACAGAAUGUACAGGAACUUGUAAAUGUCACGGAUUGUCAAGAAAGUGUAUAUUUGAAAAUAUCUCUGAAAUUUCAUUUUUUUCUGAAAUUCGAAAAAUUGACUUGAGCCUGUCAAAUUUAUCAUCUUCUAGUUUAAAACUGAAAGAAAAUAUCCUUUUGGCAGAAUUGAAUGUAUCUUCGACGGAGCUAAACGAUCUUAAACGAUUAGAGUUUGGUGAAUUUCAUAACCUCCUUUUAUUGGACAUAUCUUUUAAUCAGUUGACAGCUAUCCCAAAACAUGUUUUCAGAGGAUUAACCCAUUUAAAAAGUAUUCUUCUAUUAGGAAAUCAUUUCCUUGAAAAUAUUUAUCCCGAAUCGUUUUCUGGAUUAAACAGUUUGCCGAUGAUAUCGCUUCGCGAAAAUAAUCUUUAUCUGUUGAUGGAGCAUACUUUUUUUGGUUUAACAAAUUUACAAUCACUUAAUAUCACUGACAAUAAAAUAAAAAGGGUGGAGGAUCGCAGUUUUGCAGGUUUAGGAAAGUUGAAAAUUCUAGAUAUAAGACGAAAUAAAAUUACAACAUUUCAAAAAAGUAUUUUUGAAGGUCUAAUCAAUCUUAAUAAGUUAUACUCAGAUGCCUUCGUAUUUUGUUGCCUUAGACCGGAAUCUGUAAAAGAGGAAGAUUGUUUACCAGCCAGAGACGAGUUCUCGUCAUGCUCCGACAUGAUGAGAAACGAUAUACUUAGAACGUGCUUAUGGAUUAUCGGUAUAUGUGGUUUGUUUGGAAACUUAUUUGUUCUUGCUUAUCGCAUUAUUUACGACCGAAAAUCGUUGUCAAAGAGUUAUGGCAUUUUCAUAACUAGUCUAGGAACUUCAGACUGUUUGAUGGGUAUAUAUAUGUUGACAAUAGCAUCAGCCGAUGUAAUGUUUCGUGGAAAUUACGUUUGGAACGACCUGUCAUGGCGGUAUGGAGUCUCUUGUAAAAUAGCUGGAAUAUUAUCUACAGUGUCUAGUGAAAGUUCGGUGGUAUUUCUCUUUCUAAUAACUAUCGAUAGAUUUAUCGCGGUCAAAUAUCCAUUUGGGGAAAUAAGAUUUGGACAAACAUCAGCAAUACGCAUAUCUGUUGUUGUUUUCCUUACGUCCUUUAUAAUAUCCAUUAUCCCAUUAUUUCCUGGAUCAUAUUUCGACGGAAAUUUCUAUUCACGGUCUGCAGUUUGUCUUGCGCUACCACUAACCAGAGAUAAACCAAAUGGUUGGGAAUAUUCAUUUGGAAUUUUCAUUGUGUUCAAUUUUAUCUUAUUCUUGAUAAUUGCUGUUACGCAGUUAGUGAUAUAUAAAGAAGUUACAAAUCCGAUUCAGAUUAGAUCCACCAAGAAAAACCAGGACUUAACCAUUGCAAGAAAACUAUUCCUUGUUGUAUUCAGCGACUUUUUGUGUUGGUUUCCAGUUGGCGUAAUGGGAUUAAUGGCAUUACGUGGGUAUUCUAUUCCUGCCGAAGUUUAUGCCUGGACUGCUGUAUUUAUCUUGCCAAUCAACUCUGCUUUAAAUCCUUUCCUGUAUACAUUUGCAUCUAUCAGAGGAAACAUAGUAACUGCAUGUCUGAUUUAUUUGGUACUACGUAUAAAGGCACGAUCAACUAUACCAUUAACGGUUUCACUUGUCAGAGAUGGUCAGAUACAACUCCUAACAAUCACAAAUAAACCUGGGCUGGAGACCAUAACUACUGUCGAAAUCCAGACAUUCAUGAGGGAGGACCUUGGUGUUAUACUACAGAUGUAA